AUGAAAUUCAAGAGCCGCCCGUCUCUUGCGUGCAUCCCGUGUACCAUUCGAAAGGUUAGGUGCGACAAGUCCAUCCCUUGCAAGAACUGCAUAAAGCGAAAAACCACGCAUGAGUGUCGUCGCCGGAACUCGGUCCCGUCGCCUGAACUUCCAGAGUCAAAUACUGAAACUGAGGCAAACCUGUUUAACAACAGACAGAUAGUACAUUACUUGUACUCUCUCAAACUGCUGACAUAUGGAAGAGCCCAAAUCAAAGGCCUCGUACCCGUGGAUGAUCUGCUCAAGUACAACAGAUGGGAUCAGUACAUGGAUCAGUUUCCGAUAUUAAUCAAUAAAUUAACGCCUGCGCUUUCUAGGAAGAUAUGUGAGUGUGCGUGUAAUUAUACGACUUUCAUUCAUCAAGGAGUUGUGAACGAGCUAUUUCUCAGGGAUCACGACAAUUUCUGGGAAGUUCAUGUGUCCAAGAACCCAGCUUGCCUAAACCAUACCACUAAUAAUAACCUCAAGACAGAGUCAUCAAAAGACUACUACUAUUGGAUGUCACUGCUUUAUGCCAACUUGUCUACAGGCAUGUACUUCGGCGUCCACGAGAUCCAGCCUAACCUCACUUACACGGAAGAAGAGCUCUCUGCCUUCUCGGCAGUUUUCUUCCGGGCCUCGCUGGAUUGCUUUUUCCGGGCCGGCGCGCUAGAACAUGCCGACGUGCGAUGUAUUCAGAUCUUCUGCGUCCUGUCCAUGUGUUUACAUGCAUUAGGCAGCACGUAUUUGCACAAGUCUCUUCUUCGUAUUUCUGUCGAGGCAGCCAAGAAUUUGGGGCUGGACCAACUGCGACCCGACGAUGCUCCAGAUUACCAAAGCGAGGUCCUGAAACGUCUCUUCUACAGCCUCAUGAUUAUAGACUCGAUAAGCAACUAUCCCAAAAGAUAUUUUGGUGACUUUUCGACUCCGUUGCCGUCCAUAAUCUCAUCUGACGUGCUUCUCGAGAAAACGAGUCCGGCCCCUCUCACGUUUCCCGAAGCCUGUACAAACGACGAGAUUGCAGGCAUAAUGUACGAGCGCAUGAUGGUGGAACUCGCGCAGUUGAAGCACGAAAGUUACGAGAAGCCUACUGCCACCGAACUGGUGUCUUGUCUUGGGAAAAUGAAGACCAUGACGUCCAAACUGGACACGUACUUUGGAUCCAAGGAAUUCUCGGUCCGCGAUAAGUCGAUAGCGCAGUAUGCGAAAUACCUUUUAUUCUCCUCCAUUACUCGUGAACGGCUAGAAAUUGGAAUUCGCCUGCAGUCUCUCGUUGGCACCCACGACUGGGCCAAACAGUACCGUCCCCAGUGCCUGGAGGUUGCGACGCAGUUACUUUUCCACAGCACAUCUAUCGGGCUGCCUGCCUUUUAUAAUCGCUACUGGAUAGUUGCGCAGCAUUUGAUCUAUGCUUGCCUGUUUGUGCUCUUGGACAUGCUGCUUUUCAAAAGCGACGACGACAAAUACAAGCUUGAUUCAGUUAAGCGCACGUUCCCCACCAUUAAGAAACUGCAGUCCUACUUCACAGUGAAGAUUGGCUUCGCCAUAAUAGAGAAACUCUGCUAUCUUGUCUCUAAAGUGCGCUUGGACCACCUGGAAAACGAGACGUUCGAGGCAAUCUCCCUCCGUGAGUUUCUAAAAGAGAUGGAAAUUGCAAGCCCGUACAGCUCCAAGCUUUCCAAGAAACGCAUUGUGCCGGACAUCACAGAGUCCCAAUAUCUACGUUUUGGCAACCAAACGGACUCAGAAAGCACAGCUGAGGAUUUUGCGCCAGUGGAAGGGGACUCGCUCACAGGUUGUGAAAACUCCCUCAGCGUCACAGCAGCCCUGUUGGACGACAAGGGCUGGUACGAGUUCUUGGAUUUCUUUUUCGGAGGCGAGUCUGCUGGCUCGGUGUCGGAGAUCUGA